AUGCGUACCUCCUUUUUCCUCGCCGCAGCUCUCGCUACCCUCGGCACCCAAGCCAAGGACAGCAGCAGCGAAAUCAUCGGCUACUUCUCUCCUUCCUGGGACGCAGGCCUCCUCCAGUACGGCGGUUGGACCAGCACCGCCGCCAGCCUCGUCGCCUACAAAUCCGGCACGGCCACAUACCACGUCGGCUGUCUGAAGGACGCGCCCAAGACCGACUGCAACUACCCGUCCUCGUGGACCAUCGUCCAAGGCCCGGAGACAGUCAGUCUCGACGGCAAAUACAUCGCCUCCACCUCCGACAAGACUUCCAGCUACGAGAUGACUGUCUCCCAGUCCUACCAUUGUUCCCUGAAGGCGUCGACCGAGUCCGCCAGCUGCACGAUGAGUGUCAGCAUGAGCGGAAGCGUCGACGGCGCGAAGGUCGAGUCGUCUACUUCCAGCAAGGCGACAUACACCACUGCCCCGAUUUCGGCUUCGUACUACCAGUUGACCGUCACCGCGGGACUGGAGUCGAUUACUACCGAGACGGCCACGACGACUAAGUCGACCGGUGGUGCUGCGGGACACGCUGGUGCUAUGAUUACGGCUGCACCUAUGGUUGCUGCUGCUCUCGCUGCUUUGCUGUGA